AUGAACUUCUAUCGCUCCAAGCGCGCAAAGGCACACUAUGAGAUCGGUGACGACCGGCCGGCAAAGCGCAUCUCGACGCCGGCUGGCCAGCGUCUCUCCGUAAUCCUCGACGCCAAACGAGGCAAGUCGGCUUCGUCCAAGGCCGCCGAAAUCAGCGUCACCACCGAAAGCACAUUCUGCAACGACCCAUCGCAUCAGCAUGUUGGGCCAGUACAACACCACAGGGUCGAGAAGAAGCCCGGCUUCAUCCAAUCGGUCUUGACGGGUGGCAGGUUGCUCACGCCAAGGGAAAGCAGCGAGGACAUGCACAAUGGGAGCAAUCUCAGUGUCAGCGUGUGGAGUGACCGGGAUGAGGAGAAGUUUGGACACGUGCGGCAACGGAGACAGAGAGGAUGUGCUGCCUGGGGAUGGAAGAAGCUUGCCGUGGUCGCCGCCCUGAUCAUUGCGCUGAUCGUGGCAUUGGGCGUUGGACUGGCGAUGGGACUGAAGAAGGACUCGAAGAGUAGCACACCCGCAGCGAACACAGGCGGCUCAACGACACCAGCAGGCACCGAUAGCAAGCCCGCUUCCAACCCCGACUCCAACUCUCCCUCCACGACCGACGACGACCCCCCAUCUGCAGUCGCCACCUCCACACCCUCCGCCGUCCCCUCAAACUUCCCUGUCGGAAGCUGGUCCUUCGUCCUCUUCCUCGACACCGUCACAACAGACUGCACCUCAGACGCAGACACGUGGACAUGCCCGCCGAACACAAACUACUACGACGACCAACAGAAAGCUCUCACCAUUCUCAAUUGGGAUAUCAGCGGAUCUGCAGGGUCUUGGAAGAUUUCCUCAGGCAAACAGGACGACACAUUCGACACGACGUUCCAGAACGAAGACCUCGAGCUUUUGGACGCCGGGAAGGACACGGAGCGAUACCGGUUCCAGAUCACUCGCUCUAAGACUGUGAACAUGACUGGAAGCCUUGGAGGAAAGAGAGGCGACUUCGAGUGCGACUACGGUGCGACAAACAUGCAGGGCAUCUUAUACACCAAGAUGCAGCAGACGUACCCAGACGACACAAUCGCAGUUGGAAAGGUCGCCAACAAGGCGUGGCCAUAUGCCGUAAAGAUCGAACAAAGCGUAGCAGGUGGACAAGGAGUACCAGCCUGCACGAGCUCGUCAGGCGACGACGUCAGGCUCAAGCCUCAGAUUGAGAGCACGUUAUGUUCUUGUUUCUACAAGAACUUUACACCACCACCCAAGUCAUAA